AUGGGGCGACGUUCGAUUAAUACCACCAAGAGUGGUAAAUAUAUGAAUCCCACUGAUCAAGCCAGGAAAGAAGCCCGAAAAAAGGAGUUGAAGAAAAAUAAAAGACAACGACAAAUGGUGAGGGCAGCAGUUCUCAAAAUGAAAGAUCCAACUCAAAUUCUUGAAGAAUUACAGAAAAUUGAUGAAAUGGAAUAUAAUGUGCUCCAACCGUCUCCUUUAAAUGAAAAAGUAUUAAAAGAAAAAAGAAAGAAGUUAAGAGAAACAUUUGACAGAGUACUCAAGAUGUAUGACAAAGAUGACCCGGAGAAAUGGGUGGAACUAAAACGUCAGGAAAUGGAAUAUGAAAAGAGGCGAGCACAUUUAAUAUCUUAUUAUGAAUCUGUGAAACAUGCACAAUCUGUCCAAGUGGAUGACAUUCCGUUACCUACUUUGCAGGUUCCUGACAACUUAAUAUAUGGAAAUGUACCAUCUCAAAUUCCUUUGCCCCUGGAUAGCAUGCAUCCCAUAUUGCCAAAACCCAUUUUGAAGAAAGACUCUGUUUAUCGAGAAAAACCAGUUGGAGUGGAACCUCCAGGAGUACCGCCCGGUCCACCACCGAACUAUGCAACCUUAAUAUCAGAGGCAAUGAAAACAGAAAUACAUAAGGAGAAGAAGAGCCUACGUUUCUCCGAUUUUCCUGAUGAAGGCCCACCAGGAGAAUAUAAUCACAUACCCCAAGUGCCUGGGCAGAAACAGUCGGCUCUCGAGGACUUAGACGGUGAGAUGCUUGAUGAUGGGGAGCAGCCGUCGUCACCGCCGAUGGCAGUUCCCACGCCUAAGCCCACUUCGCUGCAGCAAAGGAUGUUGGCACUGUCCGGCCAGAACAUCGACGACUUCAUGAAAGAGAUGGAGGAGGUGCACCGAAAGAGGGAGAGGGACAGGGCUGCCGAUUUAAAUGCGAGAUUGAGCGCGCUGAAGCGGACCGGUGGGCGGGACAGUGACUCAGACAGCGACACGGAGGGUCACCAUUUGAUGCACGCGGACUUCAGCAUCGAACCCCCUGGCGCCGAAGUGAGGCAGAUGCCGCCGCCCCUCCUCCCGCCAGGGCUGCGGCCGCCGGCGCUGCGGAUGCCGGUGUCCGGGGGCGCGAUGCCGCCCGGGGCGCCGCCGGGGCUGCCGCCGGGCGCUCCGCCCGGGGCGCCGCCGGUGGCGAUGGGCGCGCCGCUGGGCGUGCCCGGGCCGCCGCCGGGGCUGCCGGCGCGCGGCGCAGCCCUACGGCCGCCGGGCCCGCCGCCCGGGGCGCCGCCCCGCCUGCUGCGGCCGCUGGUGCCGCCGCCGCCGCCCCACGUGUCCGUGCUCACGGCCGCCCCGCAGCUCGUGCAGAAGAAGGACGGCGUGCAGGGCGCGACUAUCAGCGCGAAGCCGCAGAUCAGGAAUCUGUCCGCGGACGUGACCCGCUUCGUGCCGUCCGCCCUGCGCGUGAAGAGGGAGGACAAGAGGGGCAAGGCGGGCCAGAGGAGCGCCCCGCACCGGCCGGCCGACCCGCCCAAGCAGCUGCCCACCAAGGACGACGCCUACAUGCAGUUCAUGAAGGAGAUGGAGGGCCUCUUA